CCAAAACACUCUUUUAAGUGUUCUAUUAAACUUACCGUACUUAGUUUAGGUGGACUGAAGAACAAACAUGCUGGGAAAUUACUUAUGCAACCAGUUUCAUCAUGACUGACUGCUUUUUUUCCAAGAGGCAAAGGGUGUACAGUAGGAACUACAUAGGUAACUUCCAUAUGGGUCACACUGCUUUUGAAAUCUCAGCCAGCAUGUUUUCUCUUUAUGCAGAAUCAAUUUUUCUAACUUCAAGUAGUGUUCAGUCACUCGUAUUCUCAUGAUCUCUGCAGAACUGUUCUCUGGGUUGUUUCCGGUACAAUGUCAGUUUCAUUUCUGUGUGUCUUGCUAUUCCUAGCUAAAAAUUAUAAAAAUAGCAUAAAGAUAAAGAAAUUAUUUGUUUGUUCCUUUUCCUCAGUUCAUGAAAGUGUGCCUUGAAAUAUUUGAGUCAGUUUGUCUUACUGACCUUUGGACUCUUUACAUAGCAACAAGUGCUUUUGUUUAUUUGUUACGCUCUACCUUGUACUUCUUAUCACAGGCAUAGCUCUGCCCACGCAUAUCAUCUUAAUUUUAGUACAAGUCAGGGAAUGCUAACAGUACAGCAAAUCAUUUCUGAACAGCAGCGCUGCCUGAAAUGCUAAUACUGGUUUAUUUCAUCAGGACAAAAGACAAAGUCUUAAAUGCAAUAAACAUCUAAGCUUGUAUUCAGACACACAAAGGCACUCUGUUUCAGAGGUUCUCAGGAGGUACAAGAGGUCACUGCACAGUGUUCAUGAAUCAGACUGCCUUACGGAAAGCCCACUUAUGUACGGAUUUAGGAUAUUAGGUUGAGAGUCUUGGUUUAUAUGUCCAGAGGUCACUGAAAGUAGAGUGGUCUUUUAGGUGCUUCGGUCCUUCUUCGGUAAAAUAAAUUUCUAGCAGAAGAAGUUACUGUAAGGUUUGUAAAAGUCUCCUUGUAAUCGUAAUAUUCCAUCUGUUAUACAGCAUGCUAAUCUGUAGAACUCCUGUGAGAUGUGUUUUUUAGACGAGAAGUUUUAAGCAAGUUGAUUAGUCUGAAGUUUUGAGGGAUGCUAUUUUAUAAUUCUACUUCUCUCUCCCAUGCAAUACCUGAUUUGUCAUCAUGUAGGUACUUAUAUUAUCCAGCUCAUUCUGUGUCGGUUUUUCUCUACUAAAUUCUGUGAAAUUCUUUCAAGAUUCUUUUUAGACAUCCGUUUGUUUUACUUCCCAGAGGGCAGGUAAUGUAUGAGCCAGCUCACUGCUGUACUAAUGUCUCACAGGUAGGGAGGGAGGAAAAAACAGGGUAGGGAGAGUACGUCACCCUGGAGGAGGGGAGCAAAGAAAAAUGAGCUUUCUUAAACAAAUCAUGUGCAGAGGGACAGGCUGCCAGGGCUCAGGCAACUCUCGGCAGUGGCUCCGCUCUCUUCCCUGCUGGCCAUGAUGCAGGAAGAAGCUGGAAUCCUGAAGGAGGGCUUCCUUGUCAAACGGGGACAUGUUGUUCGUAACUGGAAAGUGAGAUGGUUUGUUCUGCUUCAGGAUAAGCUGCUGUAUUACAAAAUUGAAGGAGGCAAGAAGGAGCCUUCUCCAAAGGGCAGGAUCCUUUUGGAUGGCUGCACUAUUACUUGUCCAUGCCUGGAAUAUGAGAACAGACCGCUGCUCAUCAAACUAAAGACAAAAACCAAUACAGACUAUUUCCUUGAAUGUUGCUCCAGGGAGGAGCGUGACUCCUGGGCUUUGGACAUCACUGGAGCUAUUCAUGCUGGUCACCCAGUACAGGUACAAGAACUUCACAGAAUGAAGAACUCUUUCAAACUGCUAGAUAAUAUCAGCCUACAUGACAUAGUGGAGAGGAUGUAUGACAGCAAUACUGGAAUUAAGCUGACCCGCAACUUGGAUCAAGGCAACAGAUAUAAAGAGACCUUCACAGGUUCUGCCCUGGUAGACUGGCUCAUUUCCAACAACUUUGCUGUGUCACGAUUUGAGGCUGUCACCUUGGCAUCCAUGCUGAUGGAUGAGAACUUCAUCAGGCCUGUGGGAACCCGCAGCACUGAGGCCAUGCGCUUCAGCGACCCCUCUGAGAAAUUCCUUGACGACUCCACUGCACUGUACAUGUUUGCUGAGAGUGGUAAGAAAAAUACCAGUUCCAAGGAAGAGGUACAAUUUAACAUCUCUGAAUUAAGUGGCACAAUUGUGAAGCAAGGAUUCUUAGUGAAACAGGGGCACAAGAGGAAAAACUGGAAGGUGAGGAAAUUUGUUUUGAGAGCUGAUCCUGCUUUUUUGCACUACUAUGACCCCACUAAGGAAGAAAACAAACCAGUCGGUGGGUUCUCCCUCCGUGGCUGUCUUGUCUCAGCUCUAGAGGACAAUGGAGUCCCAGCAGGAGUUAAGGGCAAUGUGCAAGGUAAUCUCUUCAAAAUCAUCACCAAGAACGACAUUCAUUAUUAUAUCCAGGCCAGCUCCAAGGCAGAGCGAGUGCAGUGGAUUGAGGCAAUCAAACCACUGACAUGAGUAAUGUGGACUCCAUGCCAAAUGACAAGUCACAGCUGUGACCAAGUUUUCUGCUCUCAUUGUCUGGGAGUAUUGUUUUCCCCUUGGUAGUCUAUUUCUGUUAUUUGAAUUACCAUAACACUUAGCAAUUCCUGGCAGACCAGCAUCCUAGGUGUCUUAACGUCCAGAAUAAUUCUCCACCAAGAAUUUACCAUCCAAUAAAGAGACAAAAGACAAUAGGUGGAUACAGACAAAUGGGGCUUUACAAUGAAAUGAUGAGAUACAGUAUUCUGAGAUGGAAGAAAAGAAUCUUUUGUACAAGUAUUCAGUUUAUACCUGACAGAUCCACGUUGUGCUUUACCUUAAAGCAGAAAUGUCUUGCUUAUUUCCCCUUUAUAAAGGGGCUCAUAAACUAAUUUUUUAAGGCUGAAACAUCAAAGUCAUGGAAGGUGCUGGUGUCUGAGGUUGCCUUUCUUGGUAUACCACAUGAAUCUUGUGCUAAGCCACAAUCCAGCUGCCAGGAUAAUCAGUACUGCAAAACAAACAAGGGAUCUGCCUGUCCAUCCAUCUGCUUUACUAUUUGGCUCUCUGUUAGACUUGAAAAAACCCCAAAGAAUCUUCUUCUCCACUAUAUAGAUUACUCUUGUGCUGGUAACAAUACCAGAGCAGUACAGGAUCCUGAGUAUCAAAUCAGACCCAUGGCAGUUCCAGACAAUUACUGGUGCUGAAUAUAUUGAAAGAAAUCACUCAGUCAUAAAAGCAAGACCUUUCUUUCAAUUAUCACCAUAAGUCCAUUUAUCUUGGAGAACCAUUUGGGCUGAGAAUUAUAGUAGCAGAUAUGGUUAUUGCUUUUUCUAUCUUAGGUCAUUAAUUUUUCCAUUAUUUGUCUACUAAACUUGUCUUUAAUAUCAUUAAAUAUAUAUAUUAAAAAACAAACAAACAAAAAAACAAACCCCCAAAACAGUGAGUUUGAAUAACCUGUGCUCUUUAGAAAUAUGAUUUUUCUCAGAGGGCAGUUUGAGUAUAUGAAAAAUAAUGGUUUCAUUCACUGUAAUUUUAGAUUUAUACAUAAACUGAGACACCAGAGGGUAAAAUGGAAUGUAGGAAAUUAUUAAAACACUUGAUUUACUAUUUUUAUAAAAUUUCUUGUUUUAUCUGAGUACCUGUAUCUGACGGCCAAGCUCAUCAGAACCUUCAAAAGCCCUCUGAAGGCAAUAUGCUAUAUAUCUUCCCUGAAGUUACAGAGGAAUUUGAUAGCUCUCUGUUCAUAGACCCAUCUCUUUUCAGAAUUUAUGUUCUCCAAGUUGGGUACUAAAAAAUAGUCUUAUCACCAAA